GGCUGCGCCACGGUCACACUAGCAUUCGUCACUGGACUGGCGCUUGUAAAAUAAAAUUCCAGUUUUAUUAGUUUUUAAUGAAAUAGCAUAUAAAUAUGUCUUCAUUGGACGCAGACACCGUGCUGCUUAGCAUUUUGUUUUUGGUUGUAAUCGAGAAUGCUUUGGAGAUCUAUAUAUCGCUGCGGCAGGUGAAAGUGUACCGCACUGCACUUAAGGUGCCCGCCGAACUGACGUCACACAUGGGCGAGGAGACGUUUCACAAGGCGAGAAAAUAUGGUCUGGACCAGGAGAGCUUCGGCAUUUUUAAAGCAGUGGUCAUGGAUGUCGGCCUGCUAUGUCUAGAGUUGUACAUCGGACUGAUAGCCCUGCUCUGGCAGCUGUCCGUCCAGGUGGUGGAUAACCUGCAGUGGGACUCCAAAAACGAAAUCAUCGUCAGCUGCGUCUUCGUCCUGAUCUCCAAUGUUUUAAGCACAUUCAAAGGGCUGCCAUUCAAGAUCUAUAAGAUAUUUGUCUUGGAAGAAACACACGGCUUCAACAAGCAGACGGCACGGUUCUUUGCAUGGGAUCAACUCAAGGGCUUCCUGGUCACACAAGUCCUAAUGAUUCCUAUUACAGCAGCAAUUAUCUUCAUCGUCCAGCGCGGUGGCGAUAACUUUUUUAUUUGGCUGUGGAUCUUUACGGGUGUUAUCUCACUGGUUCUACUCACUUUGUAUCCGAUUUUCAUUGCUCCCUUGUUCGACAAGUACACUCCGCUGGAGAAGGGUGCAUUAAGGCAAUCCAUCGAGGAUCUGGCAGCCUCGCUUAAGUUCCCGCUCACAAAGCUGUUUGUGGUGGAAGGAUCCAAACGCUCCUCCCACAGCAAUGCCUACUUCUAUGGUCUUUGGAACUCAAAGAGGAUUGUGCUCUUCGACACCCUGCUGCUAAACAAAGGUAAAUCUGACGAAUCUGAGCUUUCCGAGGAAGAAAAAGGAAAGGGUUGCACCGACGAGGAGGUGCUGGCUGUUUUGGGACACGAGUUGGGACACUGGAAACUUGGACACGUCACCAAAAACAUCAUCAUCAUGCAGGUCCAUCUUUUCCUGAUGUUCCUGGUUUUCGGUAAUGUGUUUAAGUAUCCACCAUUCUACGUGGCCAUGGGAUUCCAGCCUGGCACUCGCCCCAUUCUCGUGGGCUUGCUGAUCGUUUUCACUUACGUCCUGGCCCCUUACAAUGCUCUUAUGAAUUUCGCCAUGACUAUCCUGUCGCGACGAUUUGAGUACCAGGCUGAUGAGUUUGCUUUCAAAUUGGGAUUUGCUGAUCAGUUAGGUCAGGCCCUUAUCAAGUUGAACGUGGACAACCUUGGCUUUCCCGUCUAUGAUUGGCUUUACUCCACCUGGAACCACUCACAUCCCACUCUGCUCCAGCGGCUAAAUCGCCUCAAGGAGCUGAUGGAAGAGAAGAAGCUAAACUAAGACCGCUUAUGUCACUGAAGACCAAAGUUUACACUGUUCCCUUUGUUUUAACGUACAAACAAUAAAGUAAGGGUUCUUACCCCAACCAAA